UGGGGUAUUUUCGAGUUUCCAUAUGUUAAAGUUUUCCGGCUUGUUUCUAUUUUGUUGUUCUCGGCAAAUUUCCCGAAGUCACUAAGAAUUGUUGCCGGCGAUUCGAACUCUGUAAAUGAUGCAAUCAGCGGCGAAUCUUCCGGUGAUAUGGAAUCUUUCACCGCGCGACAUCAAAAGGCUCACGGGCUUCACUGCUUGAGAUCAGAUGGGCAUGAAGAGUUUGAGAAUUCUCAGGAAAAUCUUGGAAUGUCCUCUGUUAUAAAAGAAGCAAAACAAAAGGAUAUAUGGAACCUCUAUAAAGAAGCUCAACAAAAUAUCCUUUUCUUAAACAAGCAACGCCUAGCUGCAGUUGAGGAGUCAGAGAAGCUGAAGAAGGAGAAAGAUGAAUUAGUAGAGAGGAUAAACCGAUUAGAAGCAGAAAGUCAGACUGUAAUCAAGAAAGAUAAGUCAUCUCUGUUAUGGGAGUUGCUUCUCCGAAUUGAUUCUAUGGUGAUCAAUGGAUUAAUUGGCACUGAAGAAGCUUCAUCCAUGAGAAAUCUGGUUAGGGAGCAUGAAGUGGACAUCUCUGAGUUCCCUCUUGAUGUCCUGCAACAGGGAGAUGCCAAAGUUCUAGCAGAACUUAGACGGGUCCCAAAUAAAGGCAAAAGAUAUUUUACACUUGAUUUGGACGAAAUUGAAGGGCUCAAGGAAAUCGAAGCUGAUGCGUAUUCUUAUUUUAACGGCCAGCUUCAUGCAAACCGUAUAUGGAAUGGAGUUGUCUCUGGAAUAGGAGUGACACUUAUUCAACCACUGUACUACGUUUCAAUGUUUAGCCGUGAUAAAGUCUAUGGCUAUCCAGACGAUAUUGAUAGAUUUGCCUACUUUUCUCGUGCUUCGUUGGAUUACAUUGCCAAAUCCGGAAAGCAGCCUGAUGUGUUACACAUUCACAACUGGCAAACUGCAAUAGUUGGACCGCUGUUCUGGGAUGUUUUUGUUAAUCAGGGACUUGAAAUGCUUGUGCCUCCUGAGAAGUUGGAGCUAUGUGGGCUUGAUCCAGCUAGUCUUCAUCGCCUUGAUCGCUUACAAGAUAACACGAAUCCACAAGUUGUUAAUAUUCUGAAGGGUGGUAUUGUCUACUCGAACAAAGUUGUAAUAAUGUCAUCCUCAGUCCAUCAUAGAUCAAUCCCUGGUCUCGAACCAACUUUAGCUCGUCAACUUGGUUUAGUGGAGGAUGCUUCAACCACCACUGUAGGAUGCAUCUUCUCGGAGAUAUCAGAUGUUGAUCUUGAGAGCUUCAAGUCACUUGUACUGAGUACAACUAUGACUGAUGUCGAGUUCGUUAUAAUGUUAAUGAAUGAAGAUCAGAUGAUAAUCAGGGAACUGGAGAAAAUUCAAGAUGAGAUUAAGCUCAAAGCUUUGAGAUACGGAACAGCUCCAGUCGAACUGAACCCCCAAACCGAAGCGUUCUGGCAUUUUAGAACACAUGAACAAGAAGCCACCACUGCUAAGUUUAUCAGUUCCUUAUUCAGAGGCAUGUCCUUAAGUCAAGCAUUGGAUCUUAUUAAGAAGAAUCGGAGGUUGUGGGAGUUAAAGAUAAUGGAAGCAAUGGAGAAAGACUUGUGCUGUAACUUUCACAUCUCUGCAUAUAUUUCCAUUAAGAACCUGUGAAAGUAGAGAUCAAGAAGAAUCCACAAGUUGUGAGCCAUGCUGAGUUGUGAGCAUGACCCAGUGAUCUGAUCCUCAGUCUUACUGUGUGAGAGAGUUUCUUGUAUGGUUUUGUAAAAAGCAGAGCAGGAACAUAAAGAGAGGAGUAUUUGAAGUUGAAAUGCAUGUUGAAGAAUCGAUUAGUCUUUCGGACGUCUGAAAAUAGAGCCAAAAAUUUUCAAGCUAAGUGGAGUGGGCCUUUAUUGGGCUUAGGAAUUGAAGAAAGAAUCUGAAGCCCAAGUUAAACAUUAUCUCAGCAUAUUUACAGUAUCUGCCAUUGUUUCUAAUGUUUCCAUAUUUAGGUUCGUUCUCUUUUUGUAAUCUCUUCAUGGAAUUAAUCAACAACAAUUUAUCGAAUCUCUCCUUCUUUCUCUCUUCCUCUCUCG